AUGCAGAGUCCAACCAAGAUGAACAACGGGCCAAACCCUGUGACCACAGCAACCAUGGAGCAACCACUGAACAGCAAGACUGAUGAGACCUGUCCAACACAGAGUGAACCAGAUGCACAAGAAGAAGACAGUAAAUCAGCUGCUCCUUUUAACAAUGAAACAGUCAUCACACCACAUGAAAAUGAACAAAGAGUAGAAACACCUACAAGUGUGGCAGUCACACAAGCUGUGGUGAAUAAGUCUGCCGUUCAGUCACUGGCUGAGCCCACUGGCAACACCGGAGAGGUGGAGACUGACUCGGGUUCAAAGCCAAGUGCCCCCACAGAACCACGAGCUGAUACAAAUACAAAUCCUGGAAGUGAGGUGCAAAAUGCAAAGAAACAGGAUAAAGUUGUACGUGAUGGUAGGAAAUAUGUUCCGUCCAAGAAGGCCAUGAUAGAUCCUCUGAAGAUGGACAUGUCAAAACCACUCGUUAUUCCUCUUACAUCGUCUCAGCUCUCCCUGCAGUGUAUGGAGUGCCACAUAAUCUUCAGUGAUCACAAAAGCAAAGAGCGUCACUUGAAGUUAAGCCACCCAGCAGAAUAUGAGCAAUGCAUACUGAGAAACGCACUCUUUGCCUGCUAUGUUUGUGAUCGCCAUUUCACAAACUCCACAGAACUCAUGGCCCACCAGAAAGCCCACAUAGAGAAGAAACCCUUCAAAUGUCCAAUCUGUAGCCAAGCAUUCAACAAAUCGUCAGAGCUCACCCUCCAUAAAAAAAUUCAUUUCGGCCAGGAUGGUUAUGCCUGCACGGACUGUGGCAAACCAUGCAAAACCCUGACGUUGCUUAAGUACCACCGCCGCACACACACUGGAGAGAGGCCUUAUGUUUGCAAGGAGUGUGGGAAGAGGUUCAGCAUGUCCAAAGCUUUGCAGAAACAUAUACUGUCACAUUUGCCAGAGGGAGUUGAAGAGAAGGGUGACACCACAUCCAAAGCACGGCUGAAGAAAAAUGAUGGUGCUUCUACAGUUAAGUACCCCUGUCCUGUAUGCAAGGCCACUUUCAAGACUACCAAAACACGGCUACAUCACAUGAAAACCAAGCACAAUAUGUUACCUGCAGCAUCCAGUAACACCCUUCCAGCUGGGCAGCAAGUGAAACCAAAUACUCCAAUCAUAACUCCUAUAUCAAUUUGCCAACCGGCACUACUACAAGUGGAACCCAAUGGACCUCUCCAAAAAGUUGAUGCUGAUAUCGACACAGAGCAGAUUCGCAGGCUAAUUGAAUCUUUGGGAAAUGUGCAGAAAGUGAACCAGGUUGUCAUAUUGGGGCAGGUGCCACUGCAUGCCCCCCCAUUGGAAGUGCAGCAGGUACCAGAACAUUCAGAACCAGUAUCUUCGAAUUUGAAUCCACCCCAGAUAGAUUUUACAGGACUAAAACAGAUAGAACAGAAGGUAGUAGAACUGGAUUUUUCAAACACAUGUGAUCCAAUGGAGCAAACAAUCAUACUUGAACCAAUUACUCCAGAUGGACAAGUGAACAAAUAG